UUUUAAUCCGAUGAGCCAAGUUAGGCCGGAUCUUGAGCUCAACUUUCGAAUGAUCGAUAGUGCUUAGCCCUAACUCACGGACAGAUUUACUGUUUGCUCUCAAGUCUCAACCCGGCGUGUCUUCCUCUGAAGAUUCUAAAACAAAUGCAUGCUCGAAUUUUGGUACAUAACGGAAUCUAAAACAAUGUUAGAUCUCCGGCAUGACGCCUUAGAAUUGGAAAAAAAUGUUGCCGAGAAUAACCAGAAAAUCCACUAGGGCUUUGAAACAAACACUUCAUGUACAAAGUGGACUAUCCCUCGUUAUCGGCAAACCAAUUUCGACUCUCUUCCCUAACCCAAAUCCAACCAAAUACCCACCUCAUAAAUCCACUGCUCCAUCCAAAACCACCUUUCAUCUCACAAAUAUCUCUUCUUUGCCACAGUUAUUCAAUCAUCAAAAUCUUUUGCAUAGCUCCCUAUUCUCUCAACUUAGGUCACCAUCAAAUCUGUCUGAAGCCAAAAGAUUACACGCUCUUUUGAUUGUCAAUGGAUUCCUUAACUCCAGCAAUGCUGAUAGGGUCCUUGGUUCACAGCUUGUUAAUGUUUAUGUAACCUUUGGCUGUUUACAAGAUGCACUUUUUGUGUUUGAUAAACUGCCCCAAAGGAGUAAUCUUGCUUGGAAUGGAAUCAUUAGAGGUUUUAUUGAUGUGGGUCGUUUUUCCAAGGCAAUUGAGUUCUAUCAGUUGAUGGUUAGUCAAGGGAUGAUUCCUGACAAUUUCACUUACCCACUUGUCUUGAGGGCUUGUACUGAGUUGAAUGAUCUUGAAGAAGGUAAGAAGAUUAGAGAUUUUAUUCUUUGGAAUGAGGGUCAUUAUGAUAUCAAAUGCAAUGUUUAUGUUGAAUGUGCCAUGAUAGACAUGUUUGCCAAGUGUGGUAAUCUAAGUGAAGCCCGACGGAUUUUUGAAGGAAUAAGAAAGAAAGAUUUAGCUUGCUGGAGUGCCCUGAUCUGUGGGAAUAUGCAGAGUGGAGAGUGGUCCGAGGCAUUGUCUCUGUUUAAAAGGAUGGGAUUAGAAGGGCUAAGACCUGAUUCAGUUAUUAUGGCGGCCAUUCUUCCAGCUUGUGGCCGACUGGAAGAUAUGAAAAUGGGAAUGACCCUUCAAGGAUGUGCUAUCAAGUGCGGUUUCGAGAGUGAUUUGUAUGUGUCUAAUGCUCUGAUGGAUAUGUACUGUAAAUGCGGUGCCUGUCAUUUUGCCUAUUCUUUAUUUUGUAACAUGGAGAAUAAAGAUGUAGUCUCUUGGAGUACCUUGAUUGCUGGUUAUUCACAGAAUUGCCAGUACCAUGAGGGUUUUCAGCUGUAUCUCAUGAUGAAGGAUGCUGAAAUAAGAAUGAAUGCCAUUGUUGCAGCAAGUGUUCUUCCAGUAUUGUCCAAGCUCAAAUUAUUGAAGCACGGAAAGGAGAUGCAUGGUUAUAUCCUAAAACAAGGGUUUGAAUCUGAUUUUGUUGUGGGAGCUGCACUGAUUGAAAUGUAUGCCAAUUGUAAGUCAAUGACAAAAGCUGAGCACAUUUUUAGGAUAAUGUCAGAUAGGGACAUCACAUUAUGGAAUUCAAUAAUUGUAGGAUAUUCUUUGAAUGGUGAGGUUAAUACUGCAUUUCAGAUUUUUCAGAGAAUAUGGGAUUCCAAUCUCAGACCAAAUUCCAUAACCCUGGUCAUUAUUCUUCCAAUUUGCACAAAAAUUGGAACUCUUAAAUAUGGAAAAGAAAUCCAUGCCUAUGCAAUCAGAAGCGGUCUUGGAACUGCAGUCUCUGUUGGAAAUUCUCUAAUAGAUAUGUACUGCAAAUGUGGGAGUCUUGAACUUGGAGUAAGUAUUUUCAAUCGGAUGAAGGAAAGGAAUAUUGUGACAUAUAACACAAUCAUCUCUGCUCAUGGGAUUUAUGGACUUGGAGAACAUGUUCUUCAAUUCUUUGAGCAAAUGAAGGAGGCAAGAAUUAGACCCAAUAAAGUCACAUUUAUCGCACUUUUGACAGCUUGCAGUCAUGCUGGGCUAGUUGAUAGAGGCUGGUCAUUGUUUCAUUCUAUGAUAUAUGAUUACAAUAUUCCACUAGACAUGGAACACUACUCGUGCAUUGUGGACCUUCUUGCUAGAGCAGGCCACCUUGAUGAUGCAUAUGAUCUUAUAAAAAAAAUGCCAGUGGAACCAGACAUGAAUAUUUUGGGAAGUUUACUUGGUGCCUGCAGAGUUCAUAACAAGGUUGUGCUGGCUGAGUAUUUAGAGAAGCACAUUCUACAGAAAGAUCAGAAAAAUUCAGGCCAUUAUAUUCUGUUAUCCAAUAUAUAUGCUUCCACAGGAAGAUGGAAAGAUGCAGUGAAAGUCAGAACAAUGGUAAAAGAGAAGCGUCUGCCUAGGAGACCUGGAAAUAGCUGGAUUGAGGUAGGUUCUGGUAUUUAUAUGUUCUAUGCUACACAAUCCAAAUUAGGUAAGAUUCAAGACAUUCUGGAAAAUCUAUUUUUGGUGAUGAGGAAUGAAGGAUAUAUGCCUGAUCCAAGUUUCUCAUCUGAUGAGCUUCUGUAUGAAGUUAAUGAUCUGAUGAAUUUUGAUGUUGGCUGAGACUUUUAAUAAUCAAUUGGCAGAAGUAAAACAGAUCACCUUGGAAGUAUCAACCUCCACCAGACUCAGGGUGGACAAUGAUUCAAAAGGUUAAAAAAGAGGUGAACAAUUCACAUCUGAGAAUGAUUUCUAAAGGAUUAAUUAAAUUGAAAAGUGGUGAGUUUGGUUCAGUUUGCUUUUAGCUCGGUUGCUGCUGCUGCUAAGAUUCCUGUGCACUAGAGAUUACAGAUUAAAUAUUUCUUGUUCCAAAUAGAAACUUAAAGCAAUCUUGUUUUGUUAGAUUUAAAUGUUUACCAACAUUAUGCCUUUUUUCCUUUUAUAAAUUUAUUUUGUUACAUGAGAGGCUAUAUAUACAUAACUGCAAUGAGGAGGGUUUUAACCCAAAAUCAAGAAUUUUAACCAAACUCGUCGUCUGACUACAAAUUCAAGUUGAU